UUCAACACUUGUGCCUCCGUUCAUUCAUUUUUCCUGGCCAUCGGAACCAUUUUCGACAGUUGAAUAAACAACAACAAAUUUUUUAGCAAUUGAUGGUGUUGUACAGUCCCAUAAUUUUUUUAUUUUUGAUUUACGAGGGUCGAAAGUAUCGUCAGUUUACCAAAUAUGUCCACAAUUUUAUGGAGCUCUUGGCCUCGAGUCCCGUCGUCAUUCUAAUUAACUAAGUCCCAAUUUCCUCCAUUAAACUAAUAAAAUAAUCGGGUUUGGACUGUCGUAAUACCCAAACGAACCGUAAUAUUUGGCCCAGGUAUUUAUAUUGACUCGACAGAAUUCUGUCGUUUGUUCGAGAGACUGUUUGAGAGGUCCCUCGGCCUUGGUUCCUCGAGAGUGAGAGGUCUGCCCCGAAGAUAAGGCCCUUUUGUGUAUGAGGUUGUUCAUGUGUUGAGCUGUCCAGGUCAUAAACAACGACGAGUAUUUCCCCCUUAUUCCCUGAGAGAUUUACGAUGGAUCGAUUGUUGUUGCUGUCAAAAAUAUUUCCAACAUUUGGGGCUUCAGAAAUGUCCACUCCAUUUUCCCAGGAUUCAUGUCCCGCAGGAUUCCUGACGAAGGCUGAUAUAUUUGGCUGUCAAUUAAUCGAUUUUCCAAGGAUUAGUAAUAAACAUUCCUCUUCUGUGAAGGGGAAUCACAGCAUUAGCAGUGCUGACCUUUAUCACGUGGAAGACACUACGUCAUAGCUACAAUCAAUGUCUGAAUCUCAUUUAUCCUAUUUUGAUCAUAAUAGCUGGUGGGAUUGGGCAAGCAAAAGGGAGAGGCAAAACGGGAUAUUCAAUGUCAGAACAAUUUUUUUUUUUCUUGCAUGAUGUUACGUGACGCACGAAACAAUGGAAUUCUCCAGCUCAUGCCGCCUACUUUCAGCAUGAGUCACUGACACGUCAAUGCUCUAUCAGCUGUAAAAUGUUCUAGUUAAAGUUAGGAUCGAUUUCUUCUGGGAAUUUUCCAAGUUCAGGAUUUAGAUAACCAUUGAACAAUUUAUAUUAAUAAUCCAAAAUUGAAUUAAUCAAUUUAGAUUUUUUUUGAAGAUUAACUGAUUAAAUGAUUGUUUGUUUUUUUGUCAUUUCGUUAGGUUGUCAUCCGCUGGUUUCCACUGAUGUUUUUUGUUAUUUUAAUAUAAAUAGUUAAUAAUCGAACAUGAAUUUAUACGAUCUAUUAGUAAAUAUUGAGAUUUUUCAAUAGGUUCAUUCCAUAUCGAUAGAGAAAUCUGUAAUUUAAUAACUUGUGUCUAAUUAUUGAGCAGUGGAAAAGGUGAUCUACAGAGGACGCCAUUUGCAAAUACCCUACAGGCAUGAGGGUUCCCUCCAGGGUAAUCAGAGUUGACAUUUUACUGUUGAAACAUGAGUGUGGAGAGGAAAAUGAAGGUUAAUCAUCGGGCAUUGUUUAAACCGAGGUGUAAAAAUGAUGAUGAUGAUGAGUUAUCCGAGAGAAUUAUUAUUGAUGCCAGGAGAUCAGGAGAACUUAAUUUGGCAGGAAAAGGAUUGGCUACAGUGCCCCAAAGGAUAUGGACAAUAAAUCAACUCUCCAAAGGAGAAGUUGAAGAGCUGGGAAGGAAUUUGGAUUUUGAUGAUGACAAGGAGCGUUGGUGGGAGCAGGAGCCCCUCAAAAAACUCAAUCUGAGUGAAAAUAGCAUCAAAACUAUCGAUUCCGAUAUUGAUCAUCUAUCAGAAAUUGAAGAAUUAGACUUUCACGAUAAUCUACUGGAGGAAGUGCCGAAGGAAAUUGGGGCCUUGAUAAAACUCCGAAAAUUCGACAUUUCUCACAACAAUUUAGGAAAGAUUUCCAAGAGAUUCUUCACUCUGGAAAAUCUUAAGCAGCUGAAUCUGUCACAUAACAAUCUGGCUGACCUUGAUCCUGCAAUUGGGGACCUGGUGAUGCUGGAGUCACUGAACCUAUCGUUCAAUAAUCUUACAACCUUGCCUGUGGGUCUAGGGUACCUCGUGCGUUUGUGUACGUUCGAUGUAAGUCAUAAUCUACUCGUAGAGUUGCCACCGGACAUAAUGAGCAUGAGAGUCCUAAAAAAACUGGAUGCAAAUUCAAAUCACCUCGAGGUGGUCCCUCCCCUGGGUGAAAUGAGAAAGCUCGAGGCCCUCAUUCUUCACACCAACAAUCUGAAAAAUUUUCCCAACAUAACUGGAUGCACGGCCUUGAAAGAACUCAAUCUAUCUAACAACUCCAUAGACGAAAUUGACAUGGAAUGUUUGGAGGACAUGGGCCAAUUGAGGUCUCUCCUACUGGCCCACAAUAAUAUCGAAGUUAUACCCGAUGACAUCAUAAAACUUCUGAAUAUGGAACGACUCGAUCUGUCCUCCAACAAACUAACACUAAUUCCAAAUUUUAUCUGCAUAAUGCCGAAUCUCAAGCACUUCAUAAUAAAUGGAAAUGAGAAAAUUAAAAACGUGAGGAGAGAUAUCGUCCAAUGUGGAACUCCAAGAAUUUUAAAACAUCUUCGCCAAGGCUUUGACUCUGAAUCUCUUGAUGUCCAUUCAUCACCAUCAACAGGACCUGUAUCAGCACCUGAUAAGUACACGAUGAGAAAUACAAAACUGCUGAGCCUGACAGCUCAACACCUCCACGAAGUACCUGAUGAUGUCCUUGAGGAUGCGAAAAUCGCCGGGGUGACAUGCAUAGACAUCAGUAAAAAUAAAUUGUGUCAAGUCCCUGAGAAACUGUCGGCGAUAACUUCUGUUGAGGACAUGAAAAUAUCCUGCAAUCAAUUGGCAUCUUUACCUGAGUGGUUUGGGGAACCUUUCAAGCAUCUGAGGUACAUUGAUCUCAGUCAGAAUCAAUUAUCGGCGUUGCCGAAGAGUAUCGGGGAGUUGGAGCGAUUGAGAGAGAUCAACAUCUCCUGCAACAGGUUCACAAAAAUUCCUGAAUCCGUCUGCAAUAUUGAAAACCUGGAGAUAUUAAUUAUGAACGACAAUCACAUAACAGAUAUUGACGUGACGUCUCUGUUAAAAUUACGACGUCUUGCGACUCUAGAUCUGUCUAACAACGACAUUGGACACGUUCCACCUGAACUUGGGAAUAUGAAGAACAUUAGGAUGCUGAUGCUGUCUGGAAAUUACUUCAAACAGCCUCGACAUGCCAUUUUGGAGAGGGGAACGGAAGAAAUCCUGUCGUAUCUACGUUCUCGCAUUUCUUCGUGAUUAUAAUAAUUUAUGGGCGAGGGGGUGUAAGUUUAAGAGAUACUAAAGCAUUAAAUUAUUGAAAUUUAUUCGUCGAAUAGUUGGUUUAAUGCAUAUCAGUGUAGAAAAUUGAAAAAUAAAAAUUAAUUUUGACAGGAAACAAAAGGCUGUGAAUUAUUACUGAUAAUUAUUUGUUUAUGUGAACAUUAAAUAUUAACUUUGUACAAUAAAAUAUAUUUUAAUUCUCCAAUGUCUUAAAACUAUUGAAUAAUGUUCAUCCAGAUGUCAACAAAGCUUGAUGAUGAAUAAAUAAUUAAUUUUAUAAA